UUGAUGUGCACAGAUGCAAGGUCGGUAAACUUGCGCAAUUGUUUGGGCCAGAUCCGUCUUGCCGUGAUUCGCUGGCACGCGAUUGUGGCUGCAUCAACUCCCCGGAUUGCGCCCGCUUCCAUCUACCCCCUCAAACCCAUCUUCUUUUGCUUCAGCAGACAAAAAAGCACGACCGAAUCGAAGCAAGAAACCGUCAAUUGCACAGCCUCAGAACCGGCCGUAAUUCUCAAGCAGGACCAUGAUGCUCCGCCGUACUCCGCGCCCUGGUUUGCCUUCAUCAGUCCGCCUCGUCUCACCGUACACACUUACCCUUAUAGUAACAUCUGUUUGUUUGUGUGCUGGCGUUUCCCUCUCCAGUCCAUCUCUGCAAUGGCGUUAGCCAGUCUAUGUGCAAUUUGCACUUGUACGCUCACUACAACCUCCACCAUCGGAUAUGACCAAGUCGCUUCUUCCAUUUUCCCCUCCAAGGUAGGAAAUGCGUAA